AUGACUGAACCCCUCGCCGCACCCGAAUCGCCCUUCCCGCCGCGCCCGUCUCCCUCGAGCGACCCCUCCUCGACCCAGUCUUCCUCGUCGAGCGGACCGACGCACGCAAAGCCGCUGCCGGUCGAGUUCCCCUUGACUUCCUUCUCGUCGACACCGCACAACGUCGCUUGCUUCGCCUUCCUCCUCGGCGCGUGCUGGGCCAUUGGACUCGUCGUCGUCGCUUCGAAUGCCUCAACCUGGUUCUUGUGGUCUCUCGACGCGGUCAAGGGGGCGGCUGGCUCGGCGAAGCUGGGAGAGAAGAGUUUGAAGACGGCUGUGCUGGGCAGUCCGCAGCUUGGAGCGUACUUGACGAGCUGGGCGGCCUUCCACCUCCUCGAGUUCGUCGUCACGAGCAUGUACAACCCGGGCAAGCUCUCCGUCUCCUCUUUCCUGCUCGACAACGGGCGAGGCUACCACGCCGCACACAUCGCCGGAAUCGUCGAACACAUCCUCGAGGAAGCUUACUUGCCUGAGGAAUGGCGGCGGUGGAAGCAUACUGGAGGGAUCUUCGUCUUCGGUCUCGUCGUGGUGUGGAUUGGCCAGGUCCUCCGCUCGUUCGCCAUGAUCAGCGCGAGCAGCAACUUCUCGCACCUCAAGCGUCCUGGACACCAACUCGUCAAGACGGGCAUCUACAGCUGGUCUCGCCACCCUUCCUACGCCGGCUUCUACUGGUGGGCUGUUGGUACUCAGAUCGUCUUGGGCAACCCGCUGUGUACGAUCGCUUUCGUCGCCGUCCUCCAGGGCUUCUUCGCCAACCGCAUCAGGAUCGAGGAAGCCUACCUCGUGAAGUUCUUCGGCAAGGACUACGAGGACUACCGCCGCAAGGUCCCGACUCGCAUCCUCUUCAUUCCGUAG